AUGUGCGUCGGUCGGAGGAGAGCAGUCGUAUUCGCAGGUGCCCUCACACUGCGAGUCCUGCUCAUCCUUCUUUUUCCUUCUCUUCCGGAUUUGCUUACGGGGAGAGUCGAGGUGUCGACUCCGGUCAAUAGCUUCAAGAGACUGCAGGAAGGCCUGUUCCUCUAUACUCACAAUGUGUCCCCUUAUGACGGAGGAGUCUUCCAUCAGGCACCUCUUCUCCUUCCUAUAUUUUCCCUGCUACCGAAUGCCAGAGAACACCCUCUCCCUACCGCUCUAUUCUUCGCGAUAAUUGACCUUGUGAAUGCGAACGCGCUCGUCACGAUAUCGGACUCGAACCAGGCGGUAUCGGGGAGAUUGUACAGUGCGCUCCGCAAGCAGAUUCGGUGGGAUGGAAUUGAAAUCGCUGCAUGGUUCCUGUUCAACCCAUUUACGAUCGCAACUUGCCUCGGCCGAUCCACGAGUGUGUUGACUACAACCGGCAUUCUAUACGGUGUGUCCAACGCCGUUAGUGGAAACAGCAUCAAUGCCAUGCUAUCGCUCGGAUUCGCCUCGUAUUUGUCAAUCUACCCAGCCCUCUUAUUUAUCCCGCUCGUCCUUUUAUCCUACGACAGACGUGCUCAGGGCGUCAAACCCCCCUCCGGAAUGGCUACUUUCGCAGUUCAACAUCUGGUGGUCUUCGUGCUAAGCAUAGCGGGCUUGCUCGGGGUCUCGUGCUUGCUUGUUGGCAACUUGUACGAGUUCGUCUCGGCAACAUACGGAUUUCAGUUGCUGGUGCCUGACCUCACUCCUAAUGUCGGUUUAUGGUGGUAUUUCUUCAUCGAGAUAUUCGACUCGUUCCGGGAGUUCUUUCUCGGCGUCUUCUGGCUUCAUCUUGCGGCAUACGUUGGAGCUCUUAGUAUACGGAUACGGCACCAACCACUCUUUGUCAUUUCAUCCCUUCUGGGAGUUUUCGCCAUCUUCAAGCCUUACCCGAGUAUCUCUGAUGCGUCCCUUUAUUUUGCGCUGCUGCCACUUUAUCGGCAUCUCUUCCCUUUAAUGCGCUACACCUUCUUCGCUAUCUCCGCUUUACUCUACGCUACUCUCCUUGGUCCCGCGUUCUAUCACCUUUGGAUCUACGCCGGCUCUGGCAAUGCCAACUUCUUCUACGCGAUCACCCUGGUAUGGAGUCUGGGACUUUCGAUCCUACUUGCGGAUACAAUUUUCGCUGCUCUCCGAGAACAGUGGGAGCAGGAGAACCCUGAGGCGCGAGGCAAAGACGUGAGACAGGUGUAA